AUUCCAACGAACGAUGCGAACGUGAAACGUAAGUGCGCGAUCUGACACUCUGACAGUUGUAAUAUAUCAUAACCUCUUUGUUCGCUUACGAAUUAUACAUCAAUUUAUUUUGUUCAAACGCGCGAAACAACGACCAUUUCAGUAUCGUAAACUAAUUGGAACGGACAUAUAGUUUUGCGUGAUCGCUCAAUUGCGCCUAACUUCACACGAGUCAAUUUUCGAAAGGGACCUUCCGGUAUCACCACGGUCCAGUCUUCGGAAUCUUUGACGAUUUUCGUAUCUUUGAUUGCUUGAUUCGUUUGAUUCGUUUCUCGUCGACGUGAAGAGGAAUUAUUAUAGACAGCUUAUGCAACUGGAAUUAAGUCAAAUCAAGAUGACGCCAUCACCUUACGUCUCUCGAAUAAAUCAGAUCGAUGCCGCUCAGUUAGACACGGAGAUUUACAAAGUACUGAAAAAUCAAACCAAAGAAAUCGCGAGAUACAGCGCGCCUGGCAAGAUCGACAAAUGGCAAGCAGAAGUAGACGUUCUCUUGAAAUUUCUCAUCUGGAAAUUCUCGCUGCAACGAGGAUCCUCCACAUUCGGCCAGCAACUCCUCAAUUUGCAGUACGCUAACAUCAAUCAGAAGAAAGCUGUACUUUAUUUAAUUCUAAGCGUUCUACCUCAAUAUCUGAAAGACAAGUUGGGUAAUGAAAAUUUUUCGGAUCGUGGCGUGCUCGCUCAAUGUCUAAAAUCGUUCGUCGAUUGCACAUCGAACGCUGUCAGUCUCCUGGAGCUUAUCAAUCUGCUCUACUUUCUUCAUCGAGGUGUACAACCGCGUGUGAUAGAGUUUCUGCUAAAUCUGUCGAGUCAGUCGAUAACGACGCAUCAACCCAGAACAAUCGGCUACUCGUACAUGACGAGGGAACUGCUAUGGCACGGUUUGAUGGAGCUCUUCACCAUUGGCAUACCCAUGAUCAACUUCCAUUAUCUGAAGCACGCGGUAACCCGAUUCUGGCAGCAAACGGAACUGCAGGUGAGACGAUCGUUCCCGGUAAUGGACGCCGCGACCAAAUGCGCCUACUGUGAGGAGAAUCCGAUCCUGCCAUCGCAUGCCGGCUGCACACACGUCUUCUGUUACUACUGUUUGCAAGCGCACUUUACUGCGAUGAAUGUGUUCCACUGUCCCAGCUGCGAUAUUGAGCUCCACGCCGAAGAUAUGAAGAGAUACACAAUCGCGAGUGCACCGUCGAGUGACGACGAAGAGUCGGACGAUAGUUUUGAGAGAGUGGACAAUGGAUAAACGUGUGAACGUAUGUAUACUUUUAAUUUUAUCCAUAAUAAAAGUGAAUCGGUGAUCGCGGUGUGACGUGAUGGUGGCGGAUAUAAAUUGUGGUGCUUUUAUUCUUAAUCUAUAUUAAAUUAUCUAAUAUUAAAAUAAAUUAAAGUAAUUUAUUAUUACGCGGGGGAGGGGAGGUUAUUGAAUUAAACGAGUUCUGCAGGAGAAGAUUCGUCGCAAAGUAUGGCGAUUAAAAUAAGUACAAACGAUUUUAUUAUCAUAAUAUCAGAAUUAACUAUAAAUUCUGGAAAAAAUAAAAUAUAAAAAAAACGAAAAAAAAAUCACCUCUCUUUAAUCAUCGAUUUAUCACAAAACAAGGGCUAUGUCUGAUAUUAAUAUUUUUGAUUAAAAAUAGCAAUAUACAAAAUCUUCUUUAUUUUUCAUUUUAAUACAACGAAUCCUGAUUUUUUUCGACAUUUUUCUUCUUUUUCCGAAACAAAUAAUAAUAAUAGAUCGGUGUAUAUACUCUCUUGGUUCUUAUCAAAAAUUAUAUUAGAUUAUUACAUAAAAAUUUUAUGCUGCGCUGUAUAUUAUAAAACGCUAUUAUAAACGCUUCUUCUGCCGCCGCGCAGGUCGAUGGACCGAUCAUUUACAUGCGAUAAUGAUACGUUCAUCGAUUAAUUUAACAUUUAGCUGCUGCACCUGCGCUCGAUGGGCGGGUACGUCCCCGGAUUUAUUACAUGAGAAACGACAUAUUAUAAGCACUAGAGCACAGAGAAAGGAAAAAAAAAAAA